UUCUGCUACAGCGCUUCAUUCCCAGCCAUGGCGUCUGUGGCGCUGGAGCGGUCCUGCAGGAGCGCGCUGCCCAUCCUUUUGCUUUGCACGCUGGCGUUGCUGCCCGUGCUGACGGCCGACCGGGGGAUGCUGGUCGGAGGGUGGCGCGAUCGCUCGGUCUCCGAUACCGACGUGCAAGUUGCGGUGGCGUUCGCCGUCGAAGCCUACAACAGACGCAGCAACAGUGUCUUCUACUGCCGGGCGCUGGAUGUCCAGAAGGCGCGGAGUCAGAUGGUGGAAGGAGUAAACUACUUUCUGAAGGUUUUGCUGGUGAACACAGUGUGUGACAAAAGAAUCAGGGCAGGAUUGACGCAUGCGGACCUGGAACGUUGUGCAGUGCCUGCAAACGCACAACAGCAGAAACGAAUGUGCAAAUUCUAUGUCUGGAGCCGCCCUUGGUUGAAUGACACACGUUUGACGAACAUGAGCUGUGGAGAUGCUCAUUCCUGAACCUUGUGUCUGGGAGCUGGCAGGAAGGGUGUUAUCCAGAUUGCCUGCGGCUACUAUCAUAUGCAUUCAAAACAAUCUAAUUCUUCUUAAUUAGGCCUAGCUGCCUGCUCUCCUUAACCACCUCUAGGACUCUCUAUGCAAAGCUAAGGAACAGGAGUCUGGAAUCUCACCUAUUAAUGGAUCACCUGGAAACUCAAAAGGAUUGAUGGUCACAUCCUGGUCUUGCCGUCAAGACAAUAAUGUUGGAACUGCUUAUUUUCCUCUACUCUACCUCUUAUAUGUUUGCUGGAAUCUUGAAAUAGGAAUAAAAUUUACAAGGGUCUUUUUGUUCUGUCGCUUACAA